AUGGUUGCCGUGUUACAACCUGAAACUUUGUCAAAUGUAACAGAUUCGGUGAAUUUCUUAGAUACAGGAAGUGGGAUUAUAAACAAAGACGAAGAAUCUAAACCACUUGUUGGCAUUAUAUAUCCACCACCGGACAUAAGAAAUAUUGUUGAUAAAACUGCCAUUUUUGUCGCAAGAAACGGUGUUCAAUUCGAAGAGCGUAUUCGGGAAAAUGAAAAACAUAAUGCAAAGUUCAGCUUUUUAAACCCUAACGAUCCUUAUCAUGCUUACUAUCAAUACAAAAUUGCUGAAACAAAGGAAGGAAAAGUUCCUAAAAAAGUUGAAGCAAAAGAAGUUGUUCAAGAAGUUAAAGAUGUUCUUCCUCCACCAAAGAUCCCACCAAAAGAACCACCUUCUUUUGAAUUCAUGACCGACAUGCCUGCUAUUUCCGCACAAGAUCUGGACAUUUUGAAAUUGACAGCACAAUUCGUAGCACGUAACGGAAGACAAUUUAUGACUGCUCUUUCGCAACGUGAACAGCGAAAUUAUCAAUUUGAUUUUUUACGGCCAAAUCAUAGUUUAUUUAAUUACUUCACAAAACUAGUAGAGCAGUAUACAAAAGUAUUAAUUCCACCAAAAAAUUUAAAUGAAAAAUUGAGAUAUAACGUAGAUAACAAAUAUCAAAUUCUUGAUCGUGUAAUGCAACGAGUCGAGUAUGCUGCUUAUCAAGAGGAAGAAAGGAAAAAGGCCGAGGAGAAGGAAGAUCAAGAGAGAAUCGCAUACGCCUCUAUAGAUUGGCAUGACUUUGUUAUAGUGGAAACUGUAGAGUUUACGGAAGCCGAUGAGACGAUCGAUCUUCCACCUCCAAUGAGCAUUAUGGAACUUGAAAACAUGACUCUUGCUCAGAAGAAGAUGGCCUUGGUUAAUUUAGCAGAAUCUCAGCCAGAUGAGAAAGCCGGUGAAAUUGAUAUGGAGAUGGACGAUGAUGUAGAUAUGGAAGAUGAUGAUGCAGAAAAAGAAGACCAAGAGCAAGAUACCACACCAGUAAUGAUGGAGAUUAAACCACCAGAUGCUUCUGCGCCAAUGAAAAUCGUUAAAGAUUAUACUCCUAAAGCAUAUGCUCUUAAAACGUCUGUUGACAGACCAACAGUUAUUUGCCCUAGAUGUAAACAGGUUAUACCUGUCGACGAAAUGGAUGACCAUGUUCGUAUUGAACUAUUAGAUCCAAAAUGGAGAGAACAAAAAUUAGCAGCGGAAUUAAAAAAGAAAGAAUCAAAUUUAUUACAAGAAGGUACGGAUGUUGCAAAAAAUCUCAAGGCAUUUUCUGGCUAUCGAUCCGAUAUUUUUGGUAAUGAAGAAACUGAAAUUGGACGGAAGCGUGCAGCUGCCGGCGUUUCUAUUGAUGAACAGAUCGCCGCAAUUCAUAGGAGUAAGGGCUUGACAAGGUAA